CCACACUGACUUUAAGCAUUCGGCUGGAUUUGUCGUCGUUCGUUGUUGUUGUUAUUUGUGUGCGUGUGUGUUUAUUUGAAAAUAUCGGUGCUGCAACACACUCUACUUCUAUCAACAAGUCAAAACACUUGGCAAGUGCAUUUCAGAUUCCUUCACAGGGACAACCAUUUGGCUCACACAUUUAAUCCGGGCAGUCGGAUCGAAUCCGUGUUGUGAACGGUUUUAUCACAUUUCAUUUCGUUGUAUUUUAUUUAGUUUUAAAUAAAAGAAAAAUCAAAUUGACACUUGAUCGAAAUAAUGUAUCUACGUUUAAGAAAUUAGCCAAAGCAGAUCCACACAAACUAGUUCAGUGCUUAUCGAAGCGGAUAAGGAUUGGUUGUGAUUCAUGUCAACAUAGAAACGAUCUACAUCCAUAACGUCAAAUUCAAAUUGUUUAUUCCAUUUUAAAUAUUGGAUUUUCGCAUCAAAGCUUACCCAAAUCCAUACAAUGAAGCAAAAGUCAUUAAAAGUGUACUUAGAUGAGGUGUGCGACAUGCUAGACACAUACGGCGGCCGAGAUAAGGUUAUGAAAAUUUUAUGCUACUCAGCAAAAUUGGCGUCCGGCCUGAAUUCGGACAAGAAUCCAGAAUUGUCGAAACGUUUAGCAAUAAUUAGCAAGAAAAUAUCGGGCGCUCGAGCCACAUUGCGUCUCAUCGAUGACAUUCCAAUGUUACAGCAUACUCUUGAGUAUGGGCUUGGUUCAAAGGAAUCGGAUACGGCGUUAUCAAUUAUUGGGCUUAUUACAAAUGCAGUCGAUCACAUUUACUAUCCAGUUGAAAAAAUAUGUUGGCUGGCUGAGCAUAAAUGUCUCUCGUUAGAAGAUCCAGACCGAUGGGAUACCAUUAGCUCGAUAUUUUGGGUUUCAUCAAUUUAUUUAAAUUUAAUGAGGACAUGUCGAUCAGUUAUAUUAAUGGAACAACACAAGCAAUGUUUGAAUACGCACGACGCUUCAACUCAGAAUGCAUUGGCAGCAUUGUUGGCAAGACAACGAAUGGAAUUUAUUUCCGUAGUUCGACUGUCGCUUGAUUUGACACAUGCCGUUAGCACAUUGCCCGCAGGAUGGUUCUGGGGUGGUAAAUUGAAAACGUGGCAUGUCGGUGCAUUAGGUACCUUAUCCGCUGUGAUAGGUAUUUACCAAUAUUUUGCCAAGAAAAAACUGAAAAGUAGCUGAAAUGUAUGCACUCGUUCGCUGGCGAACAAAACUUAAACAUUUAACGAAAAAUUAUUGUAUUUGUAUGCAUGCACCUUGGGCAAAUUUUUAUUGUUUUUCAAAUGGUAUUAAUAUUGUGAGAGUUUUUUACAACCAAAAUACUCGAAGCGGUUGAUAUUUUGACGAAUAAAUAUUAUUUUCGAUAUUUAUUAAAUGAUUUUAUAA